AAAAAUAUACUUGCAAAGACAAUUUAUAAAACAUUUGUUCAUGAAGUCAGUAUAUCUCCAAUAAUGGUUUAAGGUUUCAGGAGAGGUAUCUACUGCCAAAAACUUUUUAGAAAUGGCCUCAAAUCUUCUAGAAUAGUCUGUGAUAAAGGAAAAAUACCAGUUAUGUGUUGUAUUGAAAACAUUACCUGUACUUUUACUGUUUUAUUUAAGAGUAUUCCUUUCAAAUAUUGCUUUAUUUGUUUCAGAUUUCUUCAUAUGUUCCUACUAAUCUUCUCCGCAAAUUUUUAAUGACAAAGGGAACAUCUUAAUAGGAGCAAAAUGUCUGACCUAUUGGAAUUGUUUAUAUCUAUUGGAUUAAAGGAACAAAAAGCCAAGGAAACUUUAAAAAAUCCUACAGUUUCAUCGAAUCUAAAAAUAUGUAUUGAUGAAGCACGCAAGAUUCAAGAUGUGAAUUCCGAGGAUGGAAUUUUACUAUAUCACCUGGCCUCAAAAGUAAAACCUCAAGUUACUCAACAUUUACCAUCUGUUAGUUGAAUGGAUAAUGACAAAAAUAAAUUGACUUCGCAACAGAGGUUGGAUGCUGCCUUAGAGUAUUUAUUAUCAAAUGCUGCUGGUAAUUUCAAUGUAGAUGCCUUUAAAGAAGCAAGUGGAGUAGGAAUAAAUGUAAGUCCUGAAGAAAUCGAAGAUACAGUAGAAAAUGUUAUAAAUAACUACAAGAACGAAUUAAUGGAGAAACGGUACAGAUUCAACCCUGGAAUAAUAAUGCAGGCAGUUAAUUCCAAACUGAAAUGGGCUGACGGUAAAGCUGUGAAAAAUGAAGUAGAUCUGCAAAUACUGGAUUUACUUGGACCUAAAACUGAAGAAGAUUUGACUCCUGCCAAAAAAGGUGGAAAGAAUAUUAUUAAAGUCAAGACUGAGAAGAAAGUAGAAAAAGAGAAACCUGUUAAGGAUGUCGAACAAAAUGGCAUUGAUAAUGAAGGUGUGGUUUCUAUAACUGAUGUUUUAAGUAAAGUUAAUUUUCACAGUCCUGGGGAAAAACUACAAAACAGAUUGGGUAUGUUGUUACUCCAAAUACAAUGAAGCAUUAUGCAAGAGCAUUUAAAAAUCACUGGUGGCCAAGUAAGAACUAGGUUUCCUCCAGAACCAAAUGGAAUUCUUCACAUAGGUCAUGCAAAAGCAAUAAAUAUAAAUUUUGGUUAUGCAGCGGUGAACAAUGGUGUAUGCUUCCUCAGAUAUGAUGAUACUAAUCCGGAAAAGGAAGAAGAAAAGUUUUUCAUUGGCAUUAGAGAUAUGGUUGAGUGGCUGGGCUACAAACCUUUCAAAAUUACACAUUCAUCUGAUUACUUUGAUCAGCUUUAUGAAUGGGCAAUUGUUCUAAUCAAGAAGGGGUUAGCCUAAGUGUGUCAUCAAAAAGCAGAAGACAUAAAAGGCUUCAAUCCACCUCCUUCUCCCUGGGAGAACCGCCCAAUUAAUGAAAACCUUCAGCUGUUUGAAGAUAUGAAAAAUGGAAAGAUCGAUGAAGGAAAGGCAACUUUGAGGAUGAAAGUCACAUUAGAGGAAGGAAAAACAGGACCCUUUGCUUACAGAAUAAAGUUUCUUCCUCAUCACCGGACAGGGGAUAAGUGGUGCAUAUAUCCCACUUAUGAUUACACUCAUUGUCUGUGCGAUUCAAUUGAACAUAUCACUCACUCACUGUGUACCAAGGAAUUCCAAAACCGACGAUCAUCUUACAACUGGCUUUGCAAUGCUUUAGACAUUAAUUGUCCUGUUCAAUGGGAAUAUGGUCGACUAAACAUGACUAACUAUACGGUUGUGUCCAAAAGGAAAAUCGCCAAACUAAUCACUGAGAAAAUAGUUCGUGAUUGGGAUGACCCAAGGUUAUUCACUCUGACAGCAUUGAGGCGCAGAGGAUUUCCUGCAGAAGCCAUAAAUAGUUUCUGUGCUCGGAUGGGUGUGACUGGAGCCCAGUCAAUUGUAGAUCCCAUGAUGCUUGAGGCUUCAGUGCGAGACAUCCUCAAUGAGACGGCUCCCAGAGUCAUGGUUGUUCUCAACCCGUUAAAGCUUACUAUCUUAAAGGCUGGUACGAGUUCAAGUGUUUCUGUUCCAGAUUUCCCUAACGAUCCUAGCAAAGGUUCUCAUGAAGUGAAAUUAGACAGUGUUGUGUACAUAGAUGGAUCUGAUUUUAAAGAAAGUCCAGAAAAGGGAUUCCGUCGCUUAGCUCCAAAUCAAACGGUUGGCCUUAAACAUGCAGGGCUUGUUAUUACUGUAGUCGAAGUUGUUUAAAAACUCUUAGUGGCUGUGUAUCUGAACUGAAGGUGACUGCUGAAACCUGUUUUCCAAACCAAUAAACCAAAAGCUUUCAUACAAUGGGUUUCUGUUCCCAUUACCAUUGAAGUACGUCUCUAUGAAAGAUUAUUCAAUCAUAAGAAUCCAGAAGAUACGACUGCAGUGCCUAAUGGAUUCCUGUCUGAUGUAAAUCCUAACUCUUUGAAGGUUGAGCAGGCUUUUGCUGACCAGUCACUUCUGUCUGUGAAACCAUUGGAUAAAUUCCAGUUUGAAAGAAUAGGAUUCUUUACAGUUGAUCCAGACUCCACAUCUAGUAAAUUGGUAUUCAAUAGAAUCGUUACACUCAAAGAAGAUGCUGGAAAAUGCUAGUACUAUCUAUGUAGAUUAUAUUUUCCAGAUUUUUAAUUAAAAUUUGUUUACACUAAAAGUGUUUGUUUAUUUCAUAAACAUUUAGUUAUAUCUCAUUUACCUAAUAGUGUAAAACAUAGAAAUCACUCAGUUUUCAAUAGUUUAUUAACUAACGCUUGUUUAGUUUCAAAUAAAAUUCGUGGAACCUUAUAUAAGAAUAAAUAGUGCGGUCAGGUUUGCUUUAUUAGUUUUAAAUUAUUUUCAUUAUACAACAAAAAUUAAAAUGUAUUCAGUUUUUUAUGAUUUUGUUUUUAUGUGUCACUUCAUUUUAAAGACUUGAUUUUUAUACUAACUUGAAUGAUGUUUUAUAAUUUAACAUCUAGUUUGGUUUUGAUAUUGUAGAACAUUAGUGUUUUAUUGCUGGUUUUUAUUGUAACUAAAAUAUAAAACUUUGCUUUUAUAGAGAGUACUUACUUUUUUUGGGAAGAAACUGUACAGUUUUUUAAAUGGAUUGAUAUUUUCAUAAUGUUUAAUAAAUUAUUUGGACUAUUAA